GACUGUUGCUGAAUGAAAAUAACAGAAGCCAUUUUGCGCACGGUGCCGCGGCAUCAUUCAAUAACGGCUAGAACGGAAACGGGAGGCAGGUUCAGUCCAUUUCUGGAAGGACGCGAGUUCCACCGUUGGAGCCGCGGAAUGAAAGACGUGCGGCAUUAACCAGGGAAGGAUCUGAGAGUAAAGCUUGACCAGGAGGAGAGACCUCAUCCUCAGCAGAGGGAGGAAGAAGACAAAAGUAAAUCAGAAUAGAAGAAGAGAAAGAAGGACAAUUGGCACUUGUGCACAGGGAUCACCUAUACCUGACUGUUUUUAGGAAGUCCCCAGGUGUUUGGUUUUAUGACGAAAAGUAUAUUUCUCUGCAGUACAUCAGUAAGAAGUGCUCUUCAAUAUGAAUACAGAUAGUGGAGGAUGCGCUCGCAAAAGCGUGGCCUUGUCACUUAUACUUUCACCCAUGAAGAGGGUCCAGAGCUCACCAAAUCUAGCUACAGGGAGUGAUUCUCACUCAUCAGACCUAGAUUCUUGGCGAUCACACAGUGCCACAGAUGGCCUUAGGAAUGGAGAUGCCAACAGCUCAUCUCUUGCAGCUAAAGGCUUUCGCAGUGUCAGGCCCAACCUACAGGACAAAAAGUCACCAACACAGGAUGUCAACCAUGUGCCUUUGCCACCACCCCGGAGGGAAAGUUUCCACUUGUCCGUCGGCACUAAUGCCCAGGCUGAUGGUUUUAGCCCUAGCACACUAACAUUUGCUCAGAAUGAAAAAUCAGUUUUGAAAGAGUCCUACACUAUCAGUAGCACAUCAUCCUGUGUCUUCUCGGAGACGGGUGCACACCCCAUCGCACAGGAACACCAGCCCGCAUUUCCAAAUGACAUUAGCAUAUGUAGUGCAUCUGCCUCCACUAAUAAACAGGUCCAGGCUCGCAAGGUGUCUUCCCUCAAACUAACCCCAGUCACCAUUGCUGACCCCCCUGUGCACCUCAACUCUUACCUUAAUGUCGAACCUAAGACCCAGACCACAGGCUCCCCUCCACCCACUUCCUCACCAUCACAAAGGCUUCCCAUCCUUUCUCAGCCCCUGACGCAGACAGCGUUGCUUUCUGUCCAUUUGAGCCCGGAGAACCUGAAAAAUCUGGGACCUCAGCCUUCAAAUCCCACAGUGGAACUCAAAGCCCCUGCUCAAGCCCAAGCUCAUACCACACAUCCAACUCAAUGCCAGCUGGAGGCUCCUCCUGCAGUUCCUCCAAGACCUUCUCCGGCAGAGCUGUUGGGCCAGGUCCUCUCCCACGCAAUGAAUGGUAGUACUGGCCAUCCACAGAGGCCCCUCUCACCUCCAUCCUACCCUCCACCUCCCCCCUCACUGCACACAGGGCUCCAGAGACAGAGCAGGAGUUCAGAGGGCAGCGAGUCUAUCACCAGAGAAUCUAUGGUGUCAGGCCUCACCAGUGUCAGCAGUACUGUGCCUAUUGCCCGCUUCUCAGAAGAAGAAAAAAAGGUUUCGAUUAUUAAAGCCCCUCAUUAUGAAGGCAUUGGCCCAGUGGACGAGUCAGGCAUCCCAAUCGCCAUCCGCACGACGGUGGAUAGGCCUAAGGAUUGGUACAAAACAAUGUUCAAACAAAUCCACAAGGUCCAUAAAGCAGAUGAUGACUACUCAGACACCUACAAUGCUUCAUAUGCCAUCAUAAACAACGAUGACCACAGCCUGUCAUCCGGCACCACCAUGGCCCACCCCGCCCCCCGAACACAUACAUACAGGCCACUGUCAAAGAGCCCCUCCAACAACGGAGGAUGUCUUGGGCCUCGGGAACAUUCACCAUCUCCUGUACCUCCACCACCCCCAGCCAUGCAAUCCCUCCUGCAGCUGAGGGCCAGAGACAGUGAACGUGAAAAAGACUCCCCAGAUAUGAAUGAAUGGGGUCCUCCAGACAGGAAAGUGGACACACGAAAGUACCGUGCAGAGCCCAAGAGUAUUUUUGAAUAUGAGCCCGGAAAGUCCUCUAUUCUGGAGCAUGAAAGACCAACCUAUGAUGACAUAGAUUUAGAGAACGAGCCUUGGUAUAAGUUCUUUUCCGAGCUGGAGUUUGGGCGGCCGCCUCCUAAAAAACGACUGGAUUAUAAUCCAGACAUCUCCGCUCGCCAGCGCAUUGAGACGUCUCUGCACAUUGCUUCUGCAGACAAGACUCCAGAGAGACCUGCAAGUGUUGCUAGCGACUACAGAAAAAGAAGGAAGUCUGAGCCAUCAAGUUCCCAAGCGAACGCUCACUCUCAGAGCAGAGCUGCAACGUCACCUAAACCGGUGGAUGCCUGCAGGCCCAGCAGCAGCAGCAGCAGCAGCCUAAAGAAGCCUGUCAUUCGGUCCUCACCAUCUUCACCCUCCAGAGCCAAAGGUGGGGACGCAUGCAACAUGUAUUCGAACAGUUUGACCUCCCCAGGUCCCUGUCAGCCCCCCUAUUUGCCGCCGGUCCCCCCUGAGUCUGUUCAUUGCCAAGAGGACGCCAGCCAGGAAGGGAGCUCUUCCUCUAAGCGUUCUGUGUGUUGUAAGAAUGGUUGGCAGGCGAAACACCAGGAUGCUGAGACAUGGAGCAGUGCAGAGGAGGCGCCACCCUCUCCUGCCAAGCUCAAGUCACGCAGCUGCGAUGACUUACUCAGUGACGGACAUUCUGGCUCCGGCGGACGCCACGCCACUCGGUCAGAAAGCGCUGGGUCCCUUUUGUGCGAUGGGAAUCCCUCAGGUUCAACCGCGUCCACCUCCAGUCGCUCGUUGCCACGUCUCCACCGACGCCGGGCACAUGAUUCACCGGGCUUUCUCCAGCUGUACCGUAAAAUGCACCACAUAGACAGAGCUCAGCUUAUUCCAUCCGAGGUCAUCCGCUCCGUCCGUGCUCGCAUCCUUGAACUGGAGCGCCAGCCUCACUUGCAUCGCCAUCGCCUUUCUCCUUGGGGUGCGGAUGUGCCCCGCGAUAUGGUGCCAAACCGCAUUUCUGAGUAUGAGCGCCUCAUUCAGAAAUCCAAGUCCAUGCCCAAUUUGGGCGACGGUGAGAUGCCCUCGGGCACCACCACACCAGGUGGCUCAUCAUCUCGAGCCAGCAGCGGUGGUGGCGGCGGGACCCCCUGUUUUUCAAAACGCCGGUUUUCCAUAGAGUCUUUAUUGGAGGAAGACAACAAUGGCAAUAAUGGAACGGUACCUCACACCAUGGACCACAUACGCAGACCUCGUAGCCCACCAGAGGGUCAGCCUCGUGUUGGACCAGAGCCCACCCAUGGAGCCUUUCCCACUCCUCGUGGUUCCCAAGAUCCACAGGCAAACCCGGAUUAUUCUGACAGUGAACAGGAUGCUAUUGCGUCAGACCUCAGUGACUUCAUACAGGUGGAGGGCUCUUCAUUUUGCAGUGAGAGUGACUUUGACCAUUGCUCACUAACCUCCUCUGAGAGUUUGUUUGGCUCCUCCACCCUUCACCAUCACCACAUGCGUCAUCAUCACCACCAUCACCACCACCACCACCCUGGUCACCAAAGUGUAGGCCAGAGCCAGGGUUACCAACACCGCCACCUCAUCAGCACCUGCAAAGGCCGCUGUCCUGCCUCUUAUACGCGUUUCACAACGAUGCUUCGCCACGAGAGAGAGAGAGCCCGCCAGGAGCACCAGAGAGCUUCACAGCAGAGCCGCAGUAGUCUUUCCCAAAUGCAGAACUCACACUCCCAGCAAGCGAUGUCCAAGCUGGCCUUUCUGGUCAGCCCAGUGCCUUUCCGAAGGAAAAAGGGCUCACCGCCUACCUCUCGAAGAAGCAGUAGUGGUGGAGGUCACGGUAGCAGACCAAAGUCCAAACAGGCUAUAUAUGAAGCGCUAGAUGCAGCCUUAAGGGAUAUAUAUGAGCACAUUCAAGCAGAGAGAGGACACAGAGGCACUAGGGCACCAGAUGAUAGCAUCUUGAGGAGAAUACUGGCCGAACUGCUGCCAAACGUGCCUGAGCGGAGCUCCUCACUGCGGGGUAGGAGGGGGUGCUGGCAAGGGGGCCACUCCUCUGCAUCUUUGUACCCAGAUGGGAGCCUCUCUGGUUACGCCACGUACAGAGGGGAUUCUUCCACACCACGGUUACAGUCUCCACGACUACAGUCACCAAUCAGUGCCUGUUACGGACGCCACUCGGACACCUCAAACAAUAAUGAUUAUGGAGAGGAGCAGGGCAACGGAAAUGGUCUCUCUUAUUCAGACCAGGAUGUCUCUAGAACCUAUUCCACCAUGGAUGGACGUCACACUCCCCAGAGCAGAAGACCUACGCCCGACAGAGAGGUCUCCCAUAAACAGAUGACACAACUUAUUCUGUUCUCUCUUCUCCAUCAGAAACAGCCGGCAAGAGCCAUUUAUGAUUUUAAGGCACAAACGCCUAAGGAGCUGACAUUUAAAAAGGGUGAUGCUGUCAACAUCAUCAGGCAGAUAGAUAACAACUGGUAUGAAGGAGAGCACCGUGGGCGAGUGGGGAUAUUCCCUAUAUCCUAUGUGGAGAAGAUGCCAUCUUCAGAGAAACCACAGCCAAUUCGACCUCCGCCACCAGCACAGGUCCGGGAGAUUGGAGAGGCAGUGGCUCGCUACAACUUCAAUGCUGAUACAAAUGUGGAGCUGUCCCUCAGAAAGGGUGAGAAGAUCAUUGUGAUACGGCAGGUGGAUCAGAACUGGUAUGAAGGGAAGAUCCCAGACACAAACAAGCAGGGCAUCUUUCCUGUGUCCUACGUUGACAUUGUGAAGCGCUCUCCAUCCAGGAGCUCCACUCACCACAUAGAUCCUCACGGUUACCCUGGCAACAGGACACCAAGCACCACACCUGUCAAGUCUUUCCACCAUCUACAUCCAUCCUCCACCACCUGUGAGCUCCCCUUGUCCAAGCCCUCGACAAGGCUUGAUUUUCAAGCUGUCACCAACGAGUGGCUGUCCCUCACAAUGGACCCGUCAAUGAUCACUCCAGCUCACUCCCUCGCUACUACCCCUAUACCGCCCACACCUCCUCCUCUUCCACCUGACCUUGCAAACUUUCCCAAGGCUCAGUGGCCUAUACCCUCAGCUGUGCCAACACAAAGAGACUUUGCUCAUCUGCCCCAAACCAUUUCUAGAACUCCACCUAUUAAAGAAGGUUUGGGUCACACCCCGACCAUUCUGCCUUUCACACCACCCCCCCUUCUUUCUUCUCCUCCACCUCCAGACCCCUAUUCCCCCUUCAUCUCUCCACCGCCUGACUUGUCCUUUUACAACAACAGCUGCAGACGGCCCCCAGAAACAGCCCAAAUGUUACACUUUAAUAAGUCAAAAGAUUUGUCUUGCACAGUUUCACAAAAGUCUUCCUCCAAAAAUCUAGAGCAGCACAAAUCCACUGUGCCUAUGGACAAAACUAUCAAAACCCCUGAUGUUAAGAUGCGAGUAAAAGACCCUUAUGAUGAGCUGUUAUCCAUGAUCUUGGAUGGUUCUACCAGUAAAGAUGUUGUUGAACCUGCCAAAUUAUCUGUGGGAGAUUCUGAACCAGUUACCCAAACUAAUGAAUCCAAGAGGAAGUGGUCUGAGCCAAAAGCAGCAAAAUCCCACCAGCCAGCAAGCAAACCCCCAGCAGUCAGUUCAGGCAGGGACUCAGCAGGCAGUGCCCGGUUAGAUGUGCAGUUUCACAAGCCUGUGACAAUGGAGCCGCUCACUGUCAUCUGGGAGGGGCAGUUAAGGUCAGAUGAUGAACCAGUCGCAUCUCAGAGAUGGUCGUCAGUAAAGGGGAAAGGAUAUACUGAGUUGUUCAUUGAGGAAGAAGGUGAAACUUUAGAAGACAAAGAGGAAGAUGCUAGCGUUAUGAAUGAAAGACUCAAUCCACAGCUCUCUCACCCUGGCGUGUCCUCGCCUUCUGCUCCGCCACCUCUCGUCUCAUUCCCUCCUUUCUCCGCUGCUUCUACUUCUGUUUGUGUUUCACCUUCUUCACGCUCACAACAGUGUGAUCACGACACCGCGCCUCUCUCUCCACCCGUCUCGCCUCGGCCUCCGUCUCUGCCACACCUUUCAACAUCCCCCUUACCUCCAGUCUCUCUCUCUCCUCCCGUCUCACCGUCUCCCCUCCAUGUUUCUCACUCCCCUUCGAACAUUUCCACCCAGCGCUCUGUCUCUCUGUCCUCAACCCCUCCCUGUCCUUCUCGCCCGGUUGCGUCCUUUGCUGGCUCAGAGUCUCCUCUUCUCCUCCCUGCUCUGUCUCCCUCUAAACCUGCUUCUCCUCCCCUUGCUAUGCCCCGCUCUCCUCCCACUGUACCUCAUCAAGGACGUAGGUCUCCCAAGGUUAAGCAGGAUCCAGUUGUUGGUGGUAAACCUCCUCGUAGUCCCAUCUUGUCCCGGAGGUUCUAUCUGUCACCCAUUAGAGGUCGAAGGAGAUUGGUGCAAGAUGCACUCCAAGGAGGAGGAGACCCGUACCAAGCCCUGUACAACUACAUGCCGCGCAAUGAGGACGAGCUGGAGCUGAGGGAGGGUGAUAUCGUUGAUGUUAUGGAGAAGUGUGAUGACGGCUGGUUUGUAGGAACCUCUCGAAGGAGCAAGUUGUUUGGAACUUUCCCAGGAAACUAUGUGAAGCAGCUAUAAUUAUGAUUCCAGGCCCUUUCUGUGACACGUCCGUCGCCCUCAGCACAGCACCCGCAGGACGCCACCUCCCAGCAGUGGUCAACAAAGACCUGCCGCACAUGUGUUUGCGUGUGCGCGUGGCUCGUCAGCUUCACACAGACAGAACAUUUAGCUCUAACUAGCCAUCUUUAAUGGAAGACUUCUGAAGUAACGUUUUUUUAUCUUCUCUUUUUAUUCUUAUUUUUCUAUCAUGGAGAACCCAGACUUUUGACACUGAUGGGAUGCUUCUGAAGGAGCUGUGCUGACACUCGUUGCUCACUGUUAUAGAGCAGUAAGAUCAGCACAGUCACUUUUUAUUUCUCCGUAGCAUUUUAAAAUAAAAAGCGUGAUACAUUUCAUUACAGUGUUCAACAAUAAACACGCCCAAAGACAUUCAGUGCAGAGAGGUGUUAAAGCAGUAUUCUGUGACAAGGUCUGUUGAAUGAACUAUGUUGUUGUGAAGCACCAUUUUGUCAGGAAAAAGGAAAUUACUUCCUACUCAUACGGCACAUGUGGAUGUGCAUGUAUCAAUGUUGUGUGUUGCAGGAGGCACCUGUGGUAAUAUUAAUAAUCAUGAUAAGCAAUUAUUAUUAAUGAAAUGGAAACUGACUAUUUGAGGUGUAAGAUUAGAAACCACAAAACAUUUUUCCUUCAUCUUCCCAAUAGGAUCGAUGCACUUUAACAAACUCAUACCACGUUUUGUUAGUCAUACAUUUUACGUCCGAUUGUACACACUGGGAAAGACUGGUUCAUGAGGGGAUGUUAGUUAUGUGUGUUAAGUGUAUGCAAAAAGGUUUCCAACGUUUUUGGUAUUAUAUUUAUUAGAGGAUGCAGACUGGUCAAAUGAUGAGACACACACAUGUUGCUCGUGAAGAAUUGUUACUUUGUUGUCAAGCAUCUUUGUUCACAUAGGUUCACAGUGACAUGUGUAAAUGUCCUGAUAGUUAAUGGGCUGCAAUGAAUUGCCAGUGUCAUGUUUUAUUUAAGUUGAGCUCGUGCUCAUGUGCCCAGGUUUUGGUUGAAUCUUUUAGCCCUGAUGUCAGAGUGAGUGGCUUAGUGUGUCAUCCUUCAUGUGUUCAUAAGCCAUUUCAAAUUACUGGUAAAUUCACCAUGGCUUGUUCUGCUUGGUAAAUAUGAUCUGUGUUUUAUGCUUUGUUCUAUUCCCAUUUGUAUUUUUGCAAUGGCUGGACACUGACAGCAAAGCAGUUGUUAAAGCACCUUAAAAUCUAUUUUUCUUUUAUCAUUCAUUGUUCUUCACAUCACUUUCGCUCGUGCACUCUUUCAGCCGGUGUGAGGACACUUUGUGAGUUUGUGUGUGUCUCGUGUUUUUGUAAGCUUUUUGUAUGAGAGCUGAAAAGUGGCCAACAUAAAGUCAGCUUUUUCUCACCCACCAUCAUCUUUGGUUUCCUCUCUUUCUUUUCGUUGCCAUCAUCAGUGGUGCUAAUUUCCACGUCUUUAAAAGCUGUUUUCUUGUAGCCAAGCACGUGGUCUUGUUUUCUCCAGUUCUUUGUUUUACAAGUCGACAUGUGACAUAUUUAAACUGAGUUACUGUAGGUAGAUAGAGCAGAGUUGGUGACUGCUGCCUUAUAUCCAACUCACUCAUUUAAUAGCCAUGUAUAUGUAAAUAUCUUCUGUGAUGCAAAAAUAAUUUAUGCAUAUGUAGUCUAGCCAACAUUAGGAAGGUGUGCACACAGAGUCAGUGGUGGUGAAACAUUCAGUUAGUCUUUGAUACAGUAGGAACACAUUUGGAUCCAAGAUAUGAAUUUGACUCCUGAUAUAUUUAUACAUGUAAUGAAAAUGUAAACCUCAUGUUAUUCAUGUUGAUAUUUAAGUCGAAGCUCCAAAGCGGCUUGGACCUAAGCAUUUCUACAAUGUCUUAGCAUAUGAUGGAUAGUUUUAUGGCCUGUGUUGCUAAUAAAAUAUAGUUAGUAGACUUAA